AUGGCACAAACCGAUCGUGAAAUAUUGGUACAUCUCUAUAACGUGACCGAUGGGCCUAAUUGGAGCAACAAGACCGAGUGGUGCUCAGGCGCCGCACUCUCGGAUUGGUAUGGGGUCAAGGCCAACGGCCAGGGCCGCGUGGUGAAGCUGUCACUGUCCAAGAAUGGCCUCAAAGGCACGAAGGCCUACCCCACGGACAAUGAUUGUUGCUCUCUUGCGAUGUCUUUGACCUUUCCCAAGAAUUUUUUUACCGAGCGUGAUCCUUUCAUAAAAUUGCAAGUUUUACAGGAAGCCACAACGUUGUCUUUCUGGCUUGGUGGCCGCAUCCCAGCGCAGCUGGGGAACCUUGCAGCACUGCAGUACCUCCAUCUUGACGAGAACACGCUGAGUGAACUGGAGCAGCUUUACCUUUGGGGAAACCAGCUCAGUGGCCGCAUCCCGCCGGAGCUGGGAAACCUCGCAGCACUUACGGUUCUACACUUUUGGAACAACCAGCUCAUAGGGAACAUCCCCAACGAGCUAGGACGUCUAAGCGCCUUGACGUACCUCAACCUCGGCACCAACCGGUUGGAAGGCCCCAUCCCGCGGGAGCUGGGAGAACUCAGACAGCUUAAGGGCCUGUGGCUCCCCAUCAACAAGCUAACAGGCUUAGCGGGGAAUAAGAAAAUGCCCGGCUAG